AGCCCCUUUGCCUGCCGUGUUUUUUUAGUACGGUAACGCGCCUGCGUGCCCGCGCGCUUUGUAUAUUUCUCAGGUGCGCUCAGCAGCUCGGAGGACGCGCUGCAGCAGCAGCAGGAUGACAUGGCAGAUGCUUCAGCAGAGAGCACGUUUAACAUGGAGGAGUUCUUCAAAACGGUGGGGGAGGUGAGAAGCCUCAUUGACAACAUCUCCGGCCAAGCAGAGAAGGUGGAGGGACUGCAGGCCGCCAUCCUCUCCACUCCCACCCCAGACAAGAAAAAAAAAGACACAGUGGAGCUGCUGAACAAUGAGAUCAAGAGGAACGGCAACUUGGUCCGAGCCCGGUUAAAAUCAAUGCAGGACAACCUCGCUGUGGAUGAAGACCGUAAAGGAGCCUCUGUAGUUCAGCGUAUUCAGAAGAACCAGCACUCCGACCUGACUCGGUGCUUUGCUGAAGCCCUCCGGGGUCACCACACGGCGCAAAUCUCCUUCCGAGAGAAAUGCAAAGCGCAGAUUCAGAGGCAGCUGGAGAUUGUGGAUAAAGUGACAACGGAUGAAGAGUUGGAGGAGAUGCUGCACCGUGACAAUCUUUCCAUCUUCAUAUCUGAUAUCAACUCUGGCGCUCUGAUCGUGAGCCGAGCUCUGAGUGAGAUUGAAUCUCGGCAUCAGGACAUCAUCCGCCUCGAGUCCAGCAUCAGAGAGCUGCACGACAUAUUUGCCGACACCGCCGUGCUAUUGGAGAUUCAGGGGGACUUGAUCAACAAUAUAGAGAAGAAUGUGACGAGUGCUGCAGAGUACGUUGACGCGUCCAAAGCACAGACCUGCGAAGCCAUCGCAUACAAGAAGAAUCCGUACAAGAUAUCCUCUCUCCCAAGCUUCUUCAGGCCUUUCAAGAGGUAAACCUCUUGUGAAAGUGCUGCCCAAUCGAAACGCCUCGGAUUUUCAGCUUUGACUGAACUCCCGAAUCCUGUUUGAACAUUGACUGCACCAAACGUUUCCUGAUCCACAUACAAGUCUCUGCUCGAUGGAACACGCCUUUCAUCGGAUUGUCGUUUCUGUGCCUGUCUGAACUUGAACUGUUAAAAUAAUGGUGUGUGUGUGUGUGUCAACUUGAAGGUGACAAGUCGCUGAGCGCUGUGUACCGUCAAAAGUGAAAUAUCUGAGUUGACCUUUUUAACAAUGGUUGGAGACUCUUAAUCGUUACGCAAACUCAACCCUAAGUUUUAGACUUACAAAACCUCCUGGAUGGAUUUAUUCAUCAGUCCACUCGCGGUCAGCCGGUGUUCUGCUUAGUGGCCAGCAGGUGGCAGGACAACAUCCGAUAUAACUGAACCAGGGUCAGUCAACUUCCCUCCUCGCUGCAGUCCUGCCUAACCUCUGUGUUUAACCAAUGUCGUCGUGUUGCAUAUUCCAAACGAAACGUCUUCAUCUGAUGCCGUUCCGAUGCUAAAAUAAAGGUGAACGCUACACUGCGUAAA